AUGACCUGGUGCCUCGCCCACCUCAUUAGAAUUCUAAUUAGAUGUGUAGGAGAGGCUGCUAUAAAUGGUAAGGACAUCCCCAGCCGUCUCCCCACACCUUCCGUCCGUCUGUCCGUGCCAUUCCCACAGAAGAGGCAGAGGAAGGCAAACAUGACGGCUUUAGAACCUCAGAACAUUAACUGGCAGGCGACCUCCAACCGGCAGGCACAUCACACAGACAGGUUCUCCAGCCAGGAGCUCAUCUUGCGGAGAGGCCAAUCCUUCAAUUUCUCAUUGAGCUUGAACCGAAGUCUUGGCAAUGGAGAAAGCCUGGGUUUCGUCGUCUCCACAGGGCCGUACCCCUCAGAGUCGGCCAGGACAAAGGCUGUGUUUCCACUCUCCAAUGGGACAAGUCGUGGGGGCUGGAGUGCCCAGAUCGUGUCCAAACAGGACAAUAUUCUGACCAUCGCCAUCUCUAGUCCUGUCAGUGCACCUAUAGGAUGGUACACCCUGAGCACUCAGAUCUCCUCCCAGGGCAAAGACUUCAUUCUGAAACUUGGGAUGUUCAUAUUGCUCUUUAACCCCUGGUUGCCAGAGGAUGUUGUCUUUAUGAGUAACCACGCUGAGAGAGAGGAGUACAUUCAGGAAGAUGCUGGCAUCAUCUAUGUGGGGAACAUGAAUCGAAUUGGCAUGGUUGGCUGGAACUUCGGACAGUUCGAACAAGGCAUUCUGAACAUUUGCCUCUCGAUCCUGGAUCACAGCCUGUAUUUCCGCCGUGACCCUACUACUGAUGUGGCCCGCAGAAAUGACCCCAAAUACGUCGGCCGAGUGCUCAGUGCAAUGGUCAAUGGCAAUGAUGACAAUGGCGUGAUCUCUGGGAAUUGGAGUGGCAACUACACGGGUGGACUGGACCCACGGAACUGGAAUGGCAGCGUGGAGAUCCUCAAGGAAUGGAAAAAAUCGGGCUUCCGGCCAGUCCGAUAUGGCCAGUGCUGGGUCUUUGCUGGGACCCUCAACACAGUGCUGAGGUGUUUCGGGAUUCCCUCCCGGGUGGUCACCAACUUCAACUCAGCUCAUGACACAGACCGCAACCUCAGUGUGGACGUGUACUAUGACCCCUACGGGAGGCCCAUAGACAAAGGCAGUGAUAGCGUGUGGAAUUUCCACGUCUGGAAUGAAGGCUGGUUUGUGCGGACUGACCUGGACCCCUCGUACAACGGAUGGCAGGUUCUGGACGCCACCCCCCAGGAGAGGAGCCAAGGGGUGUUCCAGUGCGGCCCCGCUUCUGUUGCUGCCGUCCGAGAGGGCGAUGUGAACCUGGACUUCGACAUGCCCUUCAUCUUUGCGGAGGUAAACGCCGACCGCAUCACCUGGAUCUAUGACGUCUACAACAACACUCAGAAGCAGAAUGCCUCGGACACUCACAGCAUUGGCAGGUACAUCAGCACCAAGGCGGUGGGCAGCAACUCUCGCAUGGACAUCACGGAGAAGUACAAGUAUCCAGAAGGUUCCAGCCAGGAGAGACAAGUGUUUGAAAAGGCCUUGGGGAAACUUAAACCCCACGGGUCCUUUAGCGCCACGUCUGCGAGACACUUGGCAGGAGAGGAAAGGGAGCCCAGCAUCUUGGGGAAGUUCAAGGUCACUGGCAUAUUGGAGGUGGGCAAAGAAGUCAACAUGGCCUUGUUGCUCAAAAACCUGACAAGCGACAUGAAGACGGUGACCGUGAACAUGACGGCCUGGACCAUUGUCUACAACGGCACGCUGGUACACGAGGUGUGGAAAGACUCCGUCACAAUAGCCCUGGAUCCCAAAGAAGAAAUACAGCAUCCCGUGAAGAUUACAUAUGCUCAGUAUGAGAAGUACCUGAAGUCAGAUAACAUGAUCCGGACCACAGCUGUGUGCCAGGUGUCUGACGAGGCUGAGGUGUUGGUAGAAAGGGACAUCAUCCUGGACAACCCCAGCCUGACCCUGGAGGUGCUGGAGCAGGCCCGGGUGCGGAAGCCCGUGAACGUCCAGAUGCUCUUCUCCAACCCGCUGGACGAGCCGGUGAAAGACUGCGUGCUGAUGGUGGAGGGCAGUGGUCUGCUGCUGGGCAGCCUCCGGAUCGACGUGCCAACCCUGCGCCCCAAGGAGCGGUCCCGAGUGCGUUUUGAGAUCCUGCCCACCCGGAGCGGCACCAAACAGUUGCUCGCCGAUUUCUCCUGCAACAAGUUCCCGGCGAUCAAGGCCAUGCUGUCCAUCGACGUGGCCGAGUGAAGGGCCCGAGGGGCUCCCAUACAAACUUGGGUAACACGGAGCAGGCAGGGCUCACCUGUGAAGUGAGCCCCCUGCCCACGCUGUCCAGCCUGGGAAACCCACAGCGCCCCCCAAGACAGCCUGGAUUGGGCCCCCAGCCUCGGGCACACACCCUCUCCCUCACUCCCAGGCUGGGCUGGCCCGACCCCGGCCUGGGACUUGCUCACUUUUGCACAUUCCCAGGAGCCCCAUGGCCCUGCUCGGCCCUCAAGCCCAUCAGCGCUGCAGGACAGAGGGGCCCCUGACCCAGCGACUCUCUGAAUGGAUAUGGGGGAGAAGACAGACUCUUACUCCAAGCCUGCAGCUGGGACAUUCCUACGUCUCCCUCGGGCCACCAUGGGGGGAGGGGGAUGGUUGGCGCUCACGUCUUUACACUCAAAAUAAAGGUUAAA